AUGGUUCCGAACGUAAUUAUAAACAAAAAGUAUGACAAUCAACAACAGAUGAAUGGAAUGAGCAAAUUACAAAUUGAAAAGGAAGAAGUUUUUGCCAAGCCGGAAGUGAUGAACAUUCUCGAUGAUAUUUUCAAUGUAAAACUUCAAGGAAAAUACAAUAACAAUAUAACAGAAUAUGUUGCCCAGGAGGAGAAACAUUCGUUGGGAGAAAAGAAACAAGUUGAUGUGGAAGUAAAGCUUUUCGAUGAUGAGGAUGAUGAGGAACUAGUUGAUAAACCUGCAAUUUAUGAUGAAAAUCAAAAGGAAGUGAAAAUUAAAUUAUUUGAUGAUAUUGAUGACGACGAUGAUGUUCCAUUCAAGGAUCAAUUAAAGGAGAGACAAGUGCAAAAGGAAAAGUCAGGACACAAGAGAAAGAGAAAGGAAAAGAAAUUUUCCUUCUUGGAAGAUUCUGAUGAUGAGGAUGAGGAACAUGAUAAAUCCAUUGCAUUGAAUGAUGAGGAUGAGGAAAGUGAUGAGGAUGAAGAUUUACUCAAGAAUAAGGCUGCAGAGACUCACAACUUUAUCAGCUCUACAAAGGUCAAGAAAUCUGAAAAACCAAACAAGGUAGCCAAGAGACAUAAGGAACAAAAUGAGUGGAAACAAAUUCAAACAUUAAUGAAGGAAAAGGAUGAAAAAAAGAAAGAUUCUUCUAAGGAUUCAACAGAUUUAUAA